AUGCCAUGGAAUUCUACACCCGUCAAUCGACUCGCCCUAAAGCUCCCUCAUAUAACCACAACCUACCAAUUCAUCAGCGUCGGUUUGGUCAUAAUAUGUAUCCUGGUUUUUUCGACGACAAGUCUCCACAACACGAGAGUAGUGGAGAGACUUAAAGAUUCUGCAAAGGGUCGCAUAUGCGACCAUGAUCGCCUCGUAUUCGGGAAUCCUACGAUAAGCGAUUCCUUUCAGAGCCUGUUUCAAGCCAUACGCCAUCCCGUAUCUGCGCCAACAUACACCGACGCAUACGGGAAGGUCUUCGACACCAAGAAGGACGGGCCGUGGUGGAAAGAACCGCUUAGAAACGAGAUAUUGAUCCUGGAUAUCGAUACACGGGUUCCGCAGGGGAAGAACGAGCUUUGGAACGAUGGCCGCCUGAACUGGGAGGCCAUGAAGGAAGAGGGAGACGGUGGCUUGGUUAGUGCGAGUUUUAUGAACCAUUUUCUUUAUGCGCAAAUACAUGGGUAUGAUUACCGCUUCUUCAACGCGCACGACAUGGAGGGAUUGCACAACACAUGGGUCAAACCACAUGUGCUCUUCGACCUCUUGCAUUCCUACAGAUUCGUCAUCUUUAUCGAUGCAGAUGCGACCAUUCAACAUCUGGAGCUCCCUUUUGAAUGGCUCUUCAACAAAUGGGGCAUUACACCACAGACCUCCAUCGCCCUCCCUCUGGACUCUCGGCAGACCAUCAACGGCGACGAACACGUAAGUGAGGACAGCAAAGGACGACUGCAACUCAACACCGGCGUAGUGGUUGCACAAGCACUACCCUACACCUUCGAGAUGUUAAAGGCAUGGAAAGAGUGUCCAGAAGAGAAGCGAUACCCCGGGUGCGCUCUGUGGAAAGAGGAGUGGAGCCACGAGCAAAGAGCGUUCUCGGAGUAUAUUCGCUACGACUUUAACCCCACCGGCACAAACAUUAUCGAGAUCCCCUGUGAUGAUGCAGUGGGGUAUCCAGGGCUGGCGGAGCACGAGCAUAUAAACAGCAACUGCACGGGCCAGUUCAUACGGCAUCAUACGAUUGACAAGGCGAUGACGAAAAGGAGUACCGAGGUUGCCAUGUUGCAAGUCCUGACCGAUUUGACGAGGAAGGAGUUGUUGAGCAAGAAGGAGACGUACUGGAUACGGGAAACGUAA